AUGCGCCCGCGAGCCCGGCUGCUGGCCACACUGCUGGCGAUGCUGCUGGCGGGGCGGCGGGGCGCAGCCGGGCGCCUGCUGAGCGGGCAGCCGGUCUGCCAAGGUGGGACUCAGAGGCCUUGUUAUAAAGUCAUUUACUUCCAUGAUGCCUCUCGAAGACUAAACUUUGAGGAAGCCGGAGCAGCCUGCAGGAGAGACGGGGGCCAGCUAGUCAGCAUCGAGUCUAAAGAUGAACAGAGACUGAUAGAAAAGUUCAUUGAAAACCUCUUGGCUUCUGACGGCGAUUUCUGGAUUGGGCUCAGGAGGUAUGAGGAGAAGCAAAGCAACAGCACGCCCUGCCAGGACCUUUAUGCCUGGACUGACGGCAGCACAGCAGAAUUUAGGAACUGGUAUGUGGACGAGCCGUCCUGUGGCAGUGAAGUCUGCGUGGUCAUGUACCAUCAGCCAUCCGCUCCCGCCGGCAUCGGGGGCCCUUACAUGUUCCAGUGGAACGACGACCGAUGUAACAUGAAGAACAAUUUCAUUUGCAAAUAUGCCGAUGAAAAACCAACAGCUCCUUCUACAAGGCCUGGAGGUGAUAGAACAGAGCCAACAACCCAACCACUCUUAAUAAUUCCUGAAGACGCACAGAAAGAAGAUGCGAAAGAAACAUUUAAAGACAAUAAAGAGGCUGCCUUGAAUCUUGCCUACAUCCUAAUCCCCAGUGUCCCCCUUUUUCUUCUCCUCGUGGUCACCACAGUUGUAUGUUGGGUUUGGAUCUGUAGAAGGAGAACAAGGGAACAGCCAGGCUCCAGCACGAAAGAGCAACCUACCAUCUGGCCAUCUCCCCACCAAGGAAUCAGCCCGGAGCUGGAGGUUUACAAUGUCAUAAGAAAACAAAGCGAAGCUGACUUAGCUGAGACCCGGCCAGACCUGAAGAAUCUCUCAUUCCGAGUGUGUUCAGAGGAAGCCACUCCUGAUGACAUGUCUUGUGACUAUGACAACAUGGCUGUGAACCCAUCUGAAAGUGGGUUUGUGACUCUGGCGAGCACAGAGAGUGGAUUUGUGACCAAUGACAUUUAUGAGUUAUCCCCAGAAAGAAUGGGACGGAGCAGGGAGUCUGGAUGGGUAGAAAAUGAAAUAUAUGGUUAUUAG